CCACGGUGGGAAGCAUCAUUCGCUUGUGAUCGUUCGUACCAUCCCAAUCGUGUGAGAGCAGUGUUUCAGAAACUGAGUUUUGCUAUUUUAGUUUUGAAUUUGGUGCAGUGUGUUUCUUGCCAACUUCGAUCGUGCUCACAACUCAACACAGAUAGAAGGUUGAGGAUUGAACUCAAUUAUGAAGACGUUCAUUGUGUUGAGUCUGACGGUGGUGACACUGGUGGCCGGUGCCAGCCUCGAAAAAGCCAACCCCACCAAGGAAGCCCAGGAUCGCAAGCUGGACGAAAAGAACCAUGCCAAGCGUGGUCUGAUUGACUACGGCUACGGUUACGCCAAAGAACCCGAGCUGCAGGGAGGCUUCAAACCAUCGUUCGGGUACGACAUCACCGUCGGUCAGCAUCAUGUACCACAGUUCAAGACGUACGCUGUCCCCGAGUAUCGUCACAACCAGUACGCUCCCCUGUACAAAGAACCGACCGUGUACAACUGGAAGGAGGAAAAGCACACCAUCAUCACGAAGAAGGUCCCGGUGCCGUACCCGGUGAACGUGGAGAAGCAGGUGGUGAUUGAGAAGAAGGUCCCGGUGCACGUGCCGGUGAAGGUGCACGUCCCGUACCGCGUCGAGGUGGAGAAGAAGGUCCCAGUGUACGUAGAGAAGAAGGUGCACGUCGAUCGUCCGGUGCCGUACCCGGUGAAGGUGAAGGUGCCAGUGUACCACAAGGUGGAGGUUGAGGUCCCGAAGCCAUACCCAGUGCACAUUCCCAAGCCGUACCCGGUGUACAUCGAGAAGGAGGUUCAUGUUCCGGUCGUCCACCGGGUGGAGGUGGAGAAGCCCUAUCCGGUGUACGUGGAGAAGCCGGUGCUGGUGGAGCAGGUUGAGUCGCAUGAGUCGCACAGCCACGAGCACAGCCACGAGCAUGAGCACAGCCAUGAGCAGGUGAGCCACGAGCUGCACAGCCACGAGCAGGUGAGCCAUGAGCUGCAGGGACACGAGCUGCAGAGUCACGAGCAUAGUAGCCACGAGCAGGAGCAUGUCGUCCAUCAUGACAUCCGCCCCGUUGGUGUCAAGUCGACCAACUUCAUCUCGGAGCCUAUUCACGUGGAAGACCAUCACGAGCACCAGUAUGGUGAGGAGUCGCAGAAGAUCGAGCGCAAGGUGGAAAGCGAUCAGAAGGCGGCGGCCACCACCACCACCGGAGCUGCUGCUGCUUCUGCCAGCGAACAGAAGAAGGAUGCGGAAAAGCCUGCCGAUAAGGAGUCGUCGCAGUGAUCUUCCUGCGUACAGCUUGUAGUUUAAUUAGUGGUAGUAAACGAUCAUCUUCUAUAGCUCAUUGUUCAUUCUAGACGCCAAUUCUUCCCAAUUGCUCGAUCUUGCUUGCACAGGGAGGGGAACAUAGUACAACAUGCUGUCAUGUUAGUGCCUCAAAUCAGUUGGAGAGCAUAGUUUGUAUUGUAGCUAAGCGUAUUAACCACCAGUCUCUCUAGUCUCGAACGCGGUGUCACUUCUCGUAGAACCAACAACUGCGAGAUGUUUGUCUGUGUCCCUACCAAAACUGUAGCAGCUUACGAAUUAAAACCGAUUGACCCAGCCCUGUCUGCAAGCUCAUCAAACAGCUCAUAGUAAAUAAACAAACGAAAUGUAUGAAAAUUGAAAACAA